AUGGCUAAUAAGUCAAAACACCAAAACCAUGGUCUGCAUCCCGUGCUGUAUAUUUGCUCCUGCAACAGACUUCCUCUUUCUGCAAAGGAACCUCCUCUUCCUCUCCUGUACACAGCUCCACCCCCUACGUGCCCUCAAAAGCAGCUACAGAGGGCUGGAGGACUCUCUGGAGAAGAUAUGAGGUGUGGGGUGGAGAGAAAAUGGAAGUCCUGUUGCACAUUGGAUGCAAUAGACUAUUUCAGAUGCAAAAGAAUCUCCAGGUUAAACUCAACCAACCCCAGGAACUCUUGACAAAGUGAAGAAGCAAGUGUGAUUAUUCCUGGCAUGCAUACUUGAGAGGGUUCACAUCUUGUAAAGUAAAAUUAUUAUUAUUAUUAUUAUUAUUAUUAUUAUUAUUAUUAUUAUUAAUUAUGUGUGUGGAGGGCUGAGGUUAAGCAGCUUGCCUCAUGUCAUGUUUUUGGCAGAAGCAGUAGUUUAACCCAGAGUCUUCCUUGUUCACUAAAUAACCCUAGUACUAAUUUACAAUAGUAAAAUUAGGACUUUUUUUUCACCUCUCAGGUGGGCGCCAUUGCCAUUCUAAGAGAAUGAGGGUGGUGUUUGUGGUGAGUUGCGGCGCCUCUCUUUCUAGAAAAAUAGCACUGAGCAAAAUACUAUAUGAGUAAACAAGUCUGUUUAAAGCUUCGUGGCGAUGUGUGUGUGUGUGUGUGGGAUUAAACGCAGUGUGCCUGAUAUCUUUUAAGAGAGUUUAAUGGAUUCCCUAAUAGUUGAGAAGGAACUGUAAUUGGGGGGCCUAUCUAGUAGUUGAUUUCUGGAUCUUGUCACACCAGGUAAGUAGACUGAUUUUUAUAGCCUAUACAGUAUUCCCAAGGGGAGCAAAUUCUGAAGAAAAGGGUUCCAGGCGACUGAGCGUGUUCCAUUUGGUUCACUUUGCUGGAAUUACUGUGAACCAGUAACUGAAAUCUACUCUAAUGAAAAAGCUUUAGGGGCUCACUUCGCAGCUACCAGAACUGAAGGCGCUGUGGAGAAUAGAAGAUGGAAGUCAAAGAAACCAAAACAGCUUUCCUUAAGCUUUCUUUCUGAAUCAGUAACUUGCUUGUUUUUUUCCUGUUUUAAUGCAGUGUGUGUUUGUCUCUGUAAAAUCAUAGGCAAUAUAAAAAUAGUGGUUUUGUUUUUUGUUUUUUGGGUGAUAUUCUCAUCCUAAGUCUGAGGAAGAAAAUUGAUUAUUAAAGUCUUCCACUGUCUCUUUAUCAGAGAGAGAACAAACCUAAGCGGUGCAAUGCUUAAAACGAGGAGAAGGCAGAAAGUAGGUCCCCCAUUUACAGAAGCCAUUUUGAUUUGAUCCCGGAAUGCCCUGCUUUUCCUUAGGAUGUCCCUGUUUUCAUCACAGAAAUGUUGGAGGGUAUGGAGUUAUGCAACCCCUGAGCCAAGGAGAUAAGUAAACUAUACAACCAGGCAUCUGAAGACAGCCCUGUAUAGGGGAAGUUUAGUUUUUAAAAAAUGUUUGUUGCUUUAUUAUGUUUUAUAUAUAUUGAAAGCCACCCAGAGUGACUGGGGCAACCCAGUCAGAUGGGUGGGGUAUAAAUAAUAAAAGUAUUAUUAUUAUUAUUAUUAUUAUUAUUAUUAUUAGAGAAAUGUUGGAGUGUAUGCUGGUGGCCCUAGAUAAGCCAUAAUAUUUCCACAUUAGCCUUCUGUAAAAAAUAAUAAUUGGGGGGGGGCUGAGACAGUGUAAGUUGUAAGGAACUGGCGCCUUUAGGUGAAGUUUGCUACAAGGACAUCAUUUUAUUUUAUUUUUACCUGCGUGUCAUCAAAAUUAAAGAGUUACCAGGAGUUCAUAGAUGCAUUAUUCGCCUUUCAGCCUCUGGUUUUUUUUUACAUUUAUUAAUGUGUAAUUGUUUUGGUCUUCUCAUUCUUGGCAUGAUCUGUCUGCUUUCAAGCAUCUCGUGCAAAUAGUUUCCCAGUUAGCAUAUCUGAGCGUUUGAUGUUUAUUUGGGUAAUCUGUUUAAUAGAAAGAGCUGUAUUUUUUUCCCAUCUGAAGAAAGCAGAAUCUACCUCUGUUAUUUCCCCCCUCCUCCUGUUCUUGCAUCUAUUUUUAACACCUUAAAAACAUGCUAAGUAGGAAACUGGAAGGAUCAAACAAAAGUCACUUCAUGGGAAAAUAACAGUGUUAAUAGAAAACUAGGAACAAUCUAGAUAUAGCAGGUGUUAAGGUUGCUCACUGGGCCUUAUCUUUCUCCCCAUUUGAGCAUGCUCAUUAUUGUUGUAAUAUUGAUCAUACACUUGUUUUAACAGUGUUUAUAUCGUGUUUGUGAGGGAUAGGCAAUACAUGGUUGGCAGGCUUAGAACAAUUCCAUGGAGCCAGCAGACACUUAUUUGAAACUGAAAAUCUUCACUUAACGAAAGUGAGUGUGCAGUCCUGAUGUAUUCACAAAUGUGAUGACAAAGCUCAAUAAGAUUUGUUUUAAAAAAAUCAUAUAUAUAUAUAUUAGAAUCAGAGUAUUACAGAACAAGUGAAAUAGCUACAUUUCAACCUCUGCCAUGUACAUGAGAAUGAUGUAUAUGUCAUGUUAAUUUAAAGCCACCAAAUGAGCAGAAUUAAUACACUUCACAAACAUUUUGACUAUUGUAAUUUACACAGGUGUUUGAUUUGCAAAACCCCACUAUCAAAAACUCCUGCUCAUGCCAAAUACAUCUUCUUAUCUCUUUAAAAAUGGAUUUGUUUGUCUUUGCCAGCUCUUAAUGUGAACUUUGUGGCUGUUAUCUUGUUUUUUACCCAAACAAUCUUGCGGCAAGUCGUUAUUAAAGGGUAUUCCUCCACCUGGCUCCAAGAAACAAAACAAAAAAAAUGGAGUAGAUAUAACCCCCACAACUUUCAAGCAUGAAUGAUAGUCCUUAAUUUGGAAAUAGGUGGUGGCUAUGAGCUUUCCAUAGCCCUCACCAUACUGCUUCCUGGUUCUAGUAGCCUCCCAGAGCACAUUCUCUGCCCAGGCCACAGUUUCUCCCCUCUAACACCACCAUGGUUUCUACACAUACGACUUGGCUGCCUAGUUUGCCUAUGUGUGUGUUUGCAAGAUGAGCACACCAGCCAGCUGGCCAUAUUCUUCAUGGGGGUUGCUGCAGCUGCAGCAAUAGUUGUGUGGGGCGUGGCAGAAGGCAGAAAUUGAUGGGCUUCCUGUUGCAGCAAAGAAGUUCUUCCCUUCUCUAAGCACUAGCUUGAUCAACAAAUGCGGGUUUGUGAACUCAGGCCAGGGAGGUCUCCUCAGCAGCAACAGCCUUGAUAUCCUCCUGCAAAUUUGAAAAUGGCACCGGAAGUUAUUGUAAAUGAGAAGAUGAUCAUGAAGCAUGUAAGUUCCUUUUCCCAUUUCCUGCAAAAUGUACAAAACAGGCUUCUGAGAUCUUUGUAAAUUUGCUGCUUUAGUAAAACUGGGAUUGGGCUCCAAGGUCUAUAUCAAGUAGAGCCAUGGAUCCUAAGCGUGCUUGCAUGGGAGUAAAUUGCACUGUAUUCAAUAGGAUUUCAGUAUCCAAAGGGUCAUACCCUAACCUACAUUUCAGCCAGUUUAAUCCCUUUUAAAAAUAAAAACUGAUGAAAUAAAAAUGAAUACAGUACAAUAUGCACCAUGUCUUUUGUUCAAGGCUAGACUCCCAAGCUAUGUGGAAUCAAAGAUUCCUCUCUGUUACACAAAAGAAGGGAGUCAUCUCAGAGGAAGUCAGGGUUAGAAAUUGAGGUGGCCACAGAACUGCAACAAUUUAUAAUAUAGCCAUAUUUUAAGACAUUUGAAAAGGGUAAUAAAUAAUAAAUUUAAUAGCCACCUGUGAAAGAAUAGGGCUUUCAGCCAUUUUGUGUUUGGUUUUUGAUUGCAUAACUUGGGUUGUGUAAAACAGUUGCUUUUUGCUUUAUGGUGUUUUGUACGAUUUGGUCUGAUGCCUUGUUAUUCAUCCAGCACUUUUAAUGCCACAUCAGUAUUGGGAGUAGGUUGGGCCAAGACCAGAAGAUUAGAAGACUGAUUAGCAGAGGCAGCCUGAUAAAAAUAAAGAUGCCCAUUUAAGAAGAAUGAGGGGUUUGGUCUGUCUAAUGUUGUUCCCUCUCUUCCCACACAUGGUGCAGGCUGCAGCACAUAAUCUCUGUUUUUGUGAUCUUGAUAUUUUAUUAUUAGCUUUGUGCCCCAUCCAAGGGCUUCUGGGCAGUAUAUAUGGGACUAUUUUCUUUUUGGUCCCAUACUAGGAGGUAGAUUAGAAUGAGAAGCACUAUAGCUAGUUCAAAGUGAAUGAAUAAGCCUCAUGGCUGAAUAGAGAUUUGAAUCAAGAACCCCCAGUCCAAGUCCAACACUCUAACCAUUGCACCACAGUGUCUUUCACUAGUUUUACUUUGCACCAGCUUUUCCAGAUAAUGAAACAAAAUUUGAAGCUUUUAUGUUACUCUACACUACAUGCAAUUUCUGCAAGUGUUGUAUUUUCAUAAAGGAGCAGUAGAGAUCAUGGAUUGAAUAUAGGCUUGCUGUUUCACAGAUGUAAGGACCCUUUUGAUAUGUGGAAGCGAGUUAGGUUCUAAGGAGGUUCCCAUUACAGUGGUACCUCGGGUUACAUACACUUCAGGUUGCAUAUGCUUCAGGUUACACACUCCGCUAACCCAGAAAUAAUGUUUCAGGUUAAGAACUUUGCUUCAGGAUGAGAACAGAAAUCGUGCUCCGGCUGCACGGCAGCAGCAGGAGGCCCCAUUAGCUAAAGUGGUGCUUCAGGUUAAGAACAGUUUCAGCUUAAGUAUGAACCUCCGGAACGAAUUAACCCAAGGUACUACUGUACACCGAAUGGAUGCUCCCCAGUGUCACCUCCCACACUGUCUUGGAGGGCUCCCCAACCCUAGUCUAGAGCAAAUAUUUUUUUGUGGAGGGGGGCUUGGGAAGCAUCUGGUUUGUAAGGUUCCAGUUAUAUGGACAAAUCUGUCUUAUUCCUGAAAUAGAAAUUCAUUUUUGUGUCUUCUGAGUAGUUACGUAGAAAGGAAUAUAUCUUACAGAUUCAAGAGAAUGGAGUGGAAAGUGAAAAUAAGAAAUAUAUAUAUGAGAUGCCUUUGAUGCAGGAGGUGAUGGGGAGGUGUGCAAACAGCCAUUGUUUCUGUACCUAAGAAUCCCUCUAUUGAUAGAAUAAAAAGAAAAUUGCAGAGUAGUUCCGUGAAUCUUCCAGGGCUCCAAAGAACUGAAGGGCUUCUCUCUAAAUAAAGUGCUCCCAGCAUUUCCUCCCUGGCUCUUUGAAUAUAAAAUUUGAUCAAGGAAAAAAAAUGAACGUAAUAGAAAUCAGUUCUCAUUUGCUGCUUUAUUCAUUUAAUAAAAUGGGCUGUUUGUGAAUGGGCUUCUUUUGAAAUGAACUAUUUCCAUGGUAAAUGGGUGAGCAUUUGAAUAGACUGGAAGUGUGGAGAGAUAGAUAAUGCUACUUGCAAUGAUGCCUAUGAUAGAUGAUGGCACAUGUCAAAUUUUAAAUAAAUUUAGUGCUCCUGAAAUGUGCUAGAUUGCCAGUGACUGAAAUUACUCUAUUUACCAAGCAUGAACCACAUAACUGCAGCAGUGCCUGGUUUUCCAUGCCGACUUGUUUGCUUCUGUCGAAUAAGGCAAUGCAGAAGGGAAAGCAAACACACAGCAAAGGAAGCUGUCUUAUGUCGAGCCAGACCACUGGUUCGUUGCGCUUAGUAUUCUCUUUGCUGGUUGGCAGUGGCUCUCCAAGGUUUCCCAAUCCUACUAUAGAUUGAAUCUAGGACCUUUUCCAUGGAAAGCUCUUUAAUGCUAAGCGUUGUCUCUCUGCCUUUCUAAAGUAAUAUUCACUGAACAUAGUGGUAUUUAUUGAUUUCAAAGUCACGCCAACACUAACUUGCAAGCCAAUUGCUGUUUAUCAUCUCUGGCAGCCAUCAAGGAGCUUCAUAUACCUUCUUGAAAAUCCAAGGUCAUUAUUUGUCCUGGGUUGGUAGCACCUUCAGAGAUGUUGAAUAAAGGGGCAAUCAGUAUUGGGGCCAUGCUGUGCAGGGUUUUUCUUAAAGCCUUUCCCCCUAUGCCACAGUCUUUGUGAAAAUCCCUGCCCACAGCUGAUAUUUGACCCCACUGGAAGACACUCAUUUCCAGUGUGAGAAAUGGCAACUUUAGUUGGGGAGUGAUAAUCAUUGAGACUGCAAUGUGUGUGUGUGUGGGUUAAAUCCCACUAUUCUCACAUGAGCCAUGGAGAACGUAAGGUGUUAGGUAGAGACAUCACCUUGCCAACAAAGGUCCGUAUAGUUAAAGCUAUGAUUUUCCCAGUAGUGAUGUAUGGAAGUGGGAGCUGGACCAUAAAAAAGGCUGAUUGCCUAAGAAUUGAUGCUUUUGAAUUAUGGUGCUGGAAGAGACUCUUGAGAGUCCCAUGGACUGCAAGAAGAUCAAACCUCUCCAUUCUUAAGGAAAUCAGCCCUGAGUGCUCACUGGAAGGACAGAUCGUGAAGCUGAGGCUCUAAUACUUUGGCCACCUCAUGAGAAGAGAAGACUUCCUGGAAAAAACCCUGAUGUUGGGAACGAGACGACAGAGGACGAGAUGGCUGGACAGUGUUCUCGAAGCUACCAGCAUGAGUUUGACCAAACUGCAGGAGGCAGUGGAAGAUAGGAAUGCCUGGUGUGCUCUGGUCCAUGGGGUCACGAAGAGUCGGACACGACUAAACAACAACAACAUUCUCACAUACCACAGUCUCACUGCUGCUUGGCUUUCCUGACCCUGCUAUUUAUAAAAGUUAAAAAAAAGAGAUGUUAAUUGUAAAAAUGCAAUUAACGUCAUGCCCAUAUUGGUCCUCAGAAACAGGUGGAAAUCUGUAAAGCCCUCGCACUCUUUUAUACCAGAGCACUAUAUGUGCAAUUAGCAAAUGAUCUUAAGAAUUGGAUGUGAUCAGCCUUUUUUGUAUUCUCUGGGCCAUGACAACUUAAGUAGGUUAUACGUUGCUCUUGCUUCCAAGAUAUUGAAGAAAACGAACAUAGCAACAGAGUGAACGAUAGAGAAAGGGAUUGUGUAUAUAAUUGUGAUGGCUGAAAUACACACCCCUGGUAACUUUGAAUUUAUUAACUGUGUGGAUGAUUGGUUGUUUUUACAAGUUUAAUUGUUUUAAUAGUGGUGGUUUGCAACUCCUGGUCUCCUUUGGGAUAGAAAUUUAAUAAAUAAAAUACUUGUUUAUUAUGAAUCAAAUUGAAAUUAGGGAUUAGGCAUGUGAAAAAUCUUGAUUUUAUAAGAAUGAAAUCCUAACUGUCCCCCACCACUAAUGGGGCUUUGCAGAGUGGUGGAACUACUUGUACAUUCAUUGCCUAGCCCAGGCAUAGGCAAACUCCAUCCUUCAGCUGUUUUGGGACUACAACUCCCAUCAUUCCUAGCUAACAGGACCAGUGGUCAGGGAUGAUGGGAGGUGUAGUUCCAAAACAUCUGGAGGGCCGAAUUUGCCUAUGCCUGGCCUAGCCACUUAUAGUUCCUGUGAGGAGACAGGACAAUUGGGACCAGGCCCUGUGACAUCUCCAGGCUGGUGCACUAGUUGAGUUCGAACUGUGCCCAAUGCCCAGCUGCCAAUGGCUGUGAGAUUGGCUUUGGAUACAACAGAUCAGAGGCCAGCACAGCCUCUCCCCACCCUUCCUUUCUCUUUGGGGCUUUUUGCUGGGUUUCUCCCAAUGAGGAUAUCAACAGCAGGCCUCCUGGCUAUUUGGUGGCCAGCAGGAGGCUGACCCACUUGUCAGAGCUGAGCUGAGAGACACCUCCACUCAAUCCAAGCCUCACAUGGCUCAGCCUAAGCAGGAUUUGGAUUGCCCUUUAAAUCUAUUUCCCCAGCCUUGAGCAGUCGAUAGUUGCAGAAAAUCCUUCUGUCUAUUCAGAGUCUAGUUGUUUUCGUUUAAGCAGCCAUUCCUUCAGUAUAAUUAAUUGUCUGCAUCAACUAAAGGCACUGGGUGUCACUUGUGUGCAUUUUGUUUAAUAGAUUUUAUGGUCAGUCCUGCACAGUGUAAGGAAGCAUUUUGCUGCAUGCAGAAAGGGGUUGAAAUGUCACAAGGAUGAAACCACUCACAGUGGAAGGUUUUAUGGUUGUGAUUUUAUCUUUGAGGUCAGUGGGACUUACUCCCAGGUAAGCUAAUUAGGAAGAUUUGCAGCCUCGUGGUCUUGGAUGUUUUUGGCUUUGGGUAUGCGUGUGGCAGUGCUGCUGGAUCUUGAGUUUCAUAGUCUUAAAACUUAACCACUUAAAGUUCUCCCUCCUCUCCGCUCAUCGCGGGGAUGACAACAGCAUCACUAGAAUGCCAACACAAUAAAUGCAUGGGUAGCAGGUUUAACAAAAAAAUAUAAAUGGAUUAUGGAAGCCACACAGCUGUUUUGGCACACCACAACAGUUUAACAAAACAGCAUUUGAGCUGAACUCUGCUUUUAAUAGACUUCUGCACUGGCCCUUGUGGGUACUACCAAUUUGUUUCUUUGGAGGGCAUCUGAAGCCCAUCAGAUGUUAAUAGUGUUCAGUCACAGCUGAGGUAGGCUGGCUAUGAACCAAUGAUCCAGAGGCAAAAAGCUUCUGUGGCCCAUCACCAAUCUCCCUGAGCCACCCAGUCUCCUGCAGUCCACUCAUCUUUCUGGUCUCAUAGCUCUCAUAAGUUAAUCUUUCUUCUCCUGUGUCUAAUGUGAUAAUCUUUCUUCUCCUACAUAUCUGCCUUUGACUUCCUUGACAGUAAGGCUGACAAACACCCUCAGUAGUCCCCCCCUCCCUUUGUUGCACAGAAGUAUUAGUCAGGAGUACAGUUUGAAGUAAAAUGGAUAUCUAAAAAUAAAAAGACAUGUGCAGGAACCGUUUUCACGCAUUCAGCUGAAUGGCGAAGGCACAUGCUGAUGCUCGAGUGUGGCUAAUGAGAGUGGUUCUACCCUCCUCGUUCAUUCAUUGAAUUCAUGAGAGGUUUUGUGAAUAAGGCUUAUAUUUUUUAGAGUUCUGUGGAGUUUUUAAUAUAGUUUUGUUGUGUUAGUUAUGAUAUAUAACUGAAUUGAAUUAUGAUUAUCAGUUGGAUUGUUUUGAAAAAUUAUUCUUAUACCAUACUAUGCACAGAGUGGUACCUUGGUUUAAGAACAGCUUAGUUUAUGAACAACUUGGAUUAAGAACGCUGCAAACUCAGAAGUAGGUGUUUUGGUUUGUGAACUUUGCCUUGGAAGCAGAACAUGUUUCACUUCCUGUUGAGUGUGUUCCAUUUGUAAAUUGAGUCCCCCGCUGCUAUGGGAAAUCACACCUUUGUUUAAGAACGGACUCAAGGAAUUGAUUAAGUUUGUAAACCAAGUUAACACUGUACUGCUUUUAUUACUGAUAUUACCAGCUUUUGUUGAAACAUUUUUUUUAUUUGGAUGAAUUAUUAUAAUAGUUGAUUUUGAGUUGUUGUCAUGAACUGAAUUACUAAAUUUAUUUGAAAUGCUGAUGUUGGUGUUUUUUACAGAUUGCUGUUUGCUACUGCAGUUUUUCCUUCAUUUCUUUCUUUCUUCUCUGUACCUCAAUAAUCCUCUCUACUUCUGAUCAACAUGUGAGGAAUGGUUAUUGAUCAAUCAAUUUCUGUACCACCUUUCAACAGUCAAAUCACACUUUCAGCCAUGGUGCCCCAUUGGAGGAAUUCCCAAGGAAGCUGUCUGGCACAGACUCUCGUUAUAUUUUAGGCAUAAGGCAAAAUAUCCUAUAAUUGUAUCCUAUCCUUCAGUGUAUAAUCUCAGGGUGGUUUACCAUACAUCACAACACAUAAAAAAAAAUACAAGAAACACUUGCACGAUUGUAUAACGCCUCAAAAUCCAGAGAGCAGCUCCCUUCGUUUAACAACAUUCUGAAAUACAGAUUCCUGCUAUUCCUUAAAGACCAAGCUCACAUCUGGGGCAUUUUUACCUCUCAUCUUUUCUCAUUUUGAGAAAAUUCUUAUUUAACAUCACCUUGGCUUGAACGAAAGACAGCUAAAAUGCUACUCUCAUCCUUGAGCUGUGACAGGCGCAGGAUCACAAGGAGAAAACCAUUUGCAGCCAUCCUUACUGACGCUGAAACAUCACAUGCAAUGGCCUGGUUUGAAUAUUCCGCUCCUGGGACAACAGCUAGCCUUAGUGUCAUGACUGGAUGAUGUGUUUGGGGACAGGAUGUUCCUGCUGGUUCAGAAGGUUCAGAGCCUAGUCCUUUGUCACUAUUCCAUGCACCAAGGCAUGGAAGUGAAAGUAGCAAAGUUCUCUUCCCUUCUAAUGCACUCACUGCUAGUGCUGUUCUUAACCUUUUCUCCGAUUGCUUCCAGAUUGAUCUGUUUAUUGAGCAUUACUCCUGAUCUGUUUGCACAAAAUUUGUAUGGAUUUUAUAUUAUACCACUGUCAAGUGGUAGUUAUCCCACACUCUAAAAUACAUUUCUCCAUUACUUUUUCCUUUUACUGUAAAAAGUCAUUUUUAAAAAAAGCACAUUUGUUGCACAUGAGUGCUGUAGUGCUGUUUAUCACAAUGUACCACUUUUUUUGGGUUGUUUAUGAAGGUGCACUUUAUUGCACAAAGGGCGUAUAUUGAAUGGGUGAAAGAUAUGCUCUAAAGUGCUGACAGACUGAAAGUAACCACUGGAAGUGACUAGUUUGCAUACGUGCCUCCUCUCUGCAGAUAUUUACUCCUAUUCAUCUGUGGUGGGGCACAACACUGGAGGGUGGCAUUCUCCCCCACAUAAUUAUUAAUUGCCAGGAGUGACUGCUCAAAUAUGACUACAGUGGUUCUGAAAAGUCUGAAAAUGGGACAGUAUUAUAUCUAGCUGUCAAAACCUGUCCUAUAAAGUUCCCAUCACAAUAGAGGCCAGCACUCUAGCAUAUGGCAAGAAAGAGAUGUACAAAUAAGUUGUCAUAUUUUUCUUGUAAUCAGUGUAUCUUGGACCAUGGAUGACAUGGAUUAAAAGUUUCUAGAAUGGGAUAAUGACUCUGGGAGGCAUAGCAUUCUACUCAGUUAGCUAAUGAAAAUCUGAUAUUCCAUUUCUUCUUUUCUCUCUUGCAUUACAGCACUUGAUUUAUCUGUUCAGGAACAGUUUACCACUUAUCUUUACAGUUUGUAAUACUGCCGUAGGGAAUAAACAUUUUAUUUCUGCAAACAAUCCCCAGAAAUAGAUUUUUUGUUGUUACUGUUACUGAAAGCAGUUUGUUUUUAAUAAUACACAUUGAAUUUUAGAGCCUGAUUCCUUAUGGAACCAUAAAAUGCAAGCCAAUCUCAGCAUCUGACUUCCUCUCUUUGUCAACUUUUUACCAGAUGUGCUGGAUUGUCUGCAUGAUCAGCUUCUGAAAACAAAGUACAGUGUUAAGAACAUAAAAAAAUGGAUUGCUAGUGCAUUGAGUCCAACACCCUGUGGCAAGGCAGAUGCUGUCAUAAGUUUUCAAGAAUGGUAUGAUGGAAAAAGCCACUAUUUUAUCCCUAGCAUGUGUUAUUCAAGGUACACUGCCUUUGAACAUGGAAAUCUCCAUUUUGGGGCUGUUCUAUUACAGGCUUAGUUAUUAGUAACAUGUAAAAGGAGGUGAGAUCUCCCACAAUGGUCUGGAUUCAAAUUCAGGUUUUUCCAGUUUAGCGUUCCCAACAAUUAAUAAUUUUGGUUUCUUGUGUAGUGAGAAAGUACAUUAAUUCUACAUGAAGGUCUAAUAUUUCACAGAAUCACAGAAUUGUAGAGUUGGAAGGGACCUGAAGCGUCAUCUAGUCCAACCGCCUGCAAUGCAGGAAUCACAGCUAAAGAAUCCCUGACAGAUGACCAGCCAACCUCUGUUUACAAAACCUUCAUUGAAGGAGAAUCCACCACCUUCCAAGGCAGUCUGUUCCACUGUUGAACAGUUCUUACCACCAGAAAGUUCUUCCUGAUGUUUAGUAAGAAUCUCAUUUUUUGCCCUUAAAGGUAUACACUGUUCUGGAGAUGUAGCUACUCCUUCAUAUCAGCUUUCUGCUCUAGUAUUUACAAGAGUAGAAGGGAACAUCUGCCAAACAGCUGGAAUGGUGCAGUGCCAGAGGUUACUUUGCUAACUCUACAGCCUUCCAUAGCCCUUGCCUCUAGUGUGAACUGGCCAGAAAUCAACAAGUGAUUGGUGUACAUGUAGCAUUACAACAGCUAAAUGUAGAUGCAAAAGACCGCUGUGUAGAUUUGCUCUGUGUGUUUUCCGUUUUGCAACAGAGGAAAAGCUUGGGGUCAAGGAAGAGGGUGCAGGGAAUGUUUCACUCCGCAGUCUUCUGCAUUUUUACCUGGAAGUAAAAUCUCAUUGCCAUGGGUCUUACUUCCAAGCACUUAUGCACAAGACCUCAGCCUUAAAGCAAUAAUGUCCCAGCAGGUGGUGUUGAAUUUUAUGGCUUCUAAAAAUCCAGUGGCUUUAUAUAUAUUUUUAUAUCUCCACCUCCUGCAAAACUUCUUUCUUUUGUCCUCACUGAUCAUUUCAGCUGCUGAUCCAUCUCUUCUUCAUCCUUUUUCCAGUAGCACUCUUGCUACUGCCAGGAUUACUGCUUAUGUGGCCUAAACUGACCAGAAUUGGAUACAGGUUACUGACUGCUUUGGAUUGCAGGUUGCUAAAGUGUGUCACUGCUUUGUUGGCAUCCUUCUGAACAAAUUGAUCCUAACUUGUCCAACAUAACACGUAUUGCCCUUUGCUCUCCUUACCUCUCACAUUUCCCUACAAAACACUUCUACUUUGAUCACCUUGCAUAUCCCCUUCCAUUUUUUCCACUAAUUUCCUUUUUGUCUCUGCCUUACACUUCAAGCUUAAUACUCUCACUUUUAAAGGCCUUGUAGAAUUGAUUGCUGCCUACAAAGUGGUGCUUGUUCCUAGUUGCAUGAUAUGCUUCUCUCCCAUUCUUUUCAACGUAACAUCUUUGUUUCCACCUCCUUCCUUUCCCGUGGCAUUUUCCCUCUCUGUGUUGUCUGUCCUUGAGUCUUCUUCUAGCCCAACCUUUCUGUCUGCCUUGUGGGAGGCUAGAUGGAAAACUUUGAACAAUCUAGUUCUAAUAUAGAUGUCUUAAUGGACCGACAAAGGAUAUAUUCUGGUUGUGCAUAGACUUGGUAAUUUAGCACUCAGUUGCAUUGCAUAUGAGACUCGGAGCAGCCAGAUACUGUAGAGAAGUGAAGGAUGGUGCGGAGGCAUGUAAAUGAAUAAUAAUUCCAUUGUUCCACAUACUUUAAACUCUGGCUGUUUAACUAUUAAUAUUCUAGGUUUAUAUGAUAAGAUAAAUUGGUACCACUUAGAAUACGUAAUGGGCUUACUUGAGGUGUUUACUGCUGGGAGCUAGGAUUUAGAAUGCAUUUUAGGUUACUAUCCAAGGUUUAAAGGGCCUCAGACACACACUUCGCUUGAAAUUAAGAUUAUUUGUGGGCUUCGAUUUUUGUUCCCCAUACUUGGUAUCCCUUUCCAGUUGUAAUAAUGUUAUCAGUGCAUGUAUUUAGAAAGAUUAUUUUGCAGCAUUUGGCUGUAAGGACCUUUGUGAUUUACUGGAAGGUUCUGCUAAUUCAUUUACAUACAAAAUGAGAUUAUUUGUUACCACAUUUAAACUUUUUUAACAGUCAUUAGUAUUACUUUGUGCUGCACUUAUAAAUGAACAGAAGAAAAGUUGAACUACGGAAGGCAACCCUGUUUAAACCGCAAGCCUGUCUUUGUGUCGAGGAAGACACUGGCUUUCAGUAAACAUGUAGUACUAAGGAGAGAUCAGAGGAUCCUUUAAUCCAGAUCUGUUCCUUUAUGCAGAGUAAUAAUGCUCCUUCCCUUGUCUUCUAUCCCAUCUGACUGUCUUGAAUCUGACAGCACUGAAUAUCCAUGUGUGGGCAUAACAGUCUUAGAUGUGCCCAAGCCUGGAUGAUUUAGUCAAUAUUCCAGAUGAAAUUUGAGAUGAUCCUAGAUAAAACCCAGGAAUCGGAUGCUUGAUAUGGGCCCCAGUAUUUGGGAUUUUAUGGAUUUAUGCAUUAAGGACAUGAUGCCUGCUUGUGAAUUGACCUCCGGUAGUGUUGAAGUGCAGGAUGUACAUGUGAGGAGGGGAGACAUGGUCUUGUUUCCCACCAUAUGUAGGGGAGUGGUGCUGGGGGAAAGCUAAGAUUUAAUCCAGCCCAUAGACAUCUAUAUGUGGGGAUGAGGAAGACAGACAGAAGUGGUUUGGAAAGCUUUUACUAUAGCCGCGGUGAAACAUGCAGGCUGCUUUUCUUUUUAAAACCUGUUCAGCCAGGUGAUUGGAUGCAAUAAAAAUGUGCAAAAAUACCUUCGGCUGCUUUAUUGUCCUCCCCCCCCAAAUAAUGACCUUUUUAUUUGAUUUCUGCCAAAUUGAAAAGGAAAGUAUUACAAAAUGGUUUACAGAUUGUAUUCAUUGCAGGUAAGAUUGAAAUGAGUAUACCCUAGAGGGUUGGAAAUGUAGUGCCUGAGGAGCUGAAUUUCCUUUAAUGUUGGUGCAUUUAGAAAAACGAUUUAAUUCUUGUGGGGAAUCUGUUUUGAACGUUAUUCAAGAUACUACUUGUGGUUGGCUCCAGAUGAAAUUUCACUUGACUAUGUAAGCAGUAUUUUGGAUGUGGAACUAUUUGUAUUAACUUUCAGCUGCUGUGAUCCGCUUUGUCAGUUAGCGUUUCUGGGGGGUGGGACGGGAUAAAAAUAUAAUAAACGAAGGAUGAAUUUGUUAAUCCCUGUUUGUUAACUCUUAAUUAAGCAGGGAUUGAAGAAUAAAAUGUGAAGUUUUCUGGGUCCUAGGUCGUGCCAUUGACACAUGAAUUGUAAGAGCAUAAAAUGUCACUGACAAAAUGAACUGACAAAUUUAAGUGCAACUUUGUGAAGGAAAGGAAAGGCUUUGUAAUUAUGCAGUUUUGAGAGAUAUUGGAGUGGAGUGAUUUAGGAUGGGCUUUCAUAGGAAACCCAAGUUAAAAAUGCCCCUCCCUCCACCAUUUAUUUAUUUGUUUAUUUAUUUGAUUGAUUGAUUGAUUGAUUGAUUGAUAAAUUCCCUUCAUCAUAAGCCCUUAGGGCAGUUCACAGAAGCAUAAAGCUCCAUCAGUGGUUCUGAACAGGUCACUUUCCCCUUACAAGAGUCACGUGAGCAGAAAAUUACAGAAUUCCCUAUAAACUGCCCUGAGUUCCAGAUGCAACUGUGAUGAAUUUGUUGGCAUCUGUCUGUCUCGAGAAACAAUGGAACGCAAAGGUGUAAAAGACAAUGGAGGUGAAGUCAAACUGCUGACUGCAGAGUCCAAUUCUGUCCACUGUUGUACAGUGACGGCAUUUGCAUGUCACAUUAAACCAUAGUUUAGUGGAACAUGAGCAAGCAAAAAGCAAGCCACAGCAAGGCUUAGGUUUGUGCACUCCCCUGGGAAGAUGAGCUCAGAAAGUGGAUAGAGAGAAGCUUUUCUCCCUAUUUUAUAACCCAGGGCCAUCUGGUGAGGUUGGCUGUUAGAACUUUCAAGACACACAAAGGAAGGUACUUCUUUACACCACACAUAGUUCAUAGAAUCAUAAAAGUUGGAAGGGACCCAAGUAAGAGCUGUUUAACAGUGGAACAGUUUCCCUUGGGAGGUUGUGGACUCUCCUUCCUUGGAGGUUUUUAAGCAGAUGCUGGAUGGCCAUCUGUCAUGGAUGCUUUCGUUGGGAUUCCUGCAUUUCAGGGGGUUGUACUAGAUGACCCUUUGGGUCCCUUCCAACUCUUCAAUUAUUUUAUGAAAACAAAUACAAUAAUUUCCACAUUUGAAUGCAGCCAAAGUCCAACCGCUUAUGCUUUCUGGAAGUACUGUAAGAUGUCCUAAUAUGGGUUAUAUUUUAGCAGCCAGAGUUUAGCAGGUUUGUGACACACACACACACAAACACACACACACACACACACCAGUAAAUGCCCCUAUUCAUAUGUGAAUAUUGACAAUCCCAUUUGAAUUUUUAUGAGUGUCUGAAAACUCAAUAGUGCUGAUGAAUGUUGCCUUCACCCAAAUGUAAUCAUGAGCAUUAACUCAAAUAUGUCUAAAAACUGGGGGGAAAUAUAUAUCUUUGUUUGGGUCUCAUAUAAUUCAGCUAGAGUUGAUCACAUUCAUAUGUGCAAGUUGACAUUCACCAAAUUUUGGACAUGAAUUGCAACAUAUAUGUAGAGUGGGUGGAAUCUGUUUGUUUGUUUGUUUGUUGAAUAUUUUAUUAGUUGAAUACAGUGGUACCUCGCAAGACGAAUGCCUCGCAAGACAAAAAACUCGCUAGAUGAAAGGGUUUUUUGUUUUUUGAGCUGCUUCGCAAGACGAUUUUCCCUAUGGGCUUGCUUCGCAAGAUGGAAAUGUCUUGCAAGUUUGUUUCCUUUUUCUUAACACCGUUAAUACAGUUGCGACUUGACUUCCAGGAGCAACUCAUAGAACGCGGUGUGGUAGCCUUUUUUGAGGUUUUUAAAGAUUUUGGUGAUUUUUGAAGCUUUUCCAAAACUUUCCCGACACCGUGCUUCGCAAGACGAAAAAAAUCGCAAGACGACAAAACUCGCGGAACGAAUUAAUUUCGUCUUGCGAGGCACCACUGUAUAAGAACAACAUAUAAUCAAAUACAAGCAAUCAAAUACAGUUUUCUCCCCCCCCCCCCACAAACACCCCCAACUACGCCCAGGUAAUUACAUUGGUAAUAUAAUCAAAUAAAAAAUUAUUUCUACAGUUGCUGGUUUUAAAAAUGUCAUUCUUUUUUUUUUUUUUUUAAGAACUAUAUAUGACUUGCCUUAAAGAAUGGGAUUUUGGGAAGGGGCAGGACAAAAAUUGGAAAUAAAGAAAUAAAUGAAAGCUUUGAAAAUCACUUAUCAGACGUAAUAAGUUUCUCACUGCCCAGGAAUUAGUCUGGUGAAUUUACACAUGCUGCACAUGUCUCUCACUGCUGGUUUUACAUGUCUUGCAACUGACAUUCCACUUACUACUAAAAAGUGUGCUUGUGGAGUUUUGUUCCUGAAAUCCUUUGGUCUGACUCCUGUGAGUCUUGAGUGUCAUUCCAGCUCCAGUAACUAAUGCGGGUAGCACAGGUAGAUGGAUCUGACAGGACUGAGAACUAACAGCGUGUCAGACGCUUUUCUCCAAUGAAGGCUAUAGAUCAGACCUAGGAAUCUGCUGGAGCCGAAGAGGGUGACAAGGGAAUAACAUCCCUUUCUCUUCCAUCGACAGGGGUAAUAACUCCUGGCUCUCUAGGGACAGAUUGUAAAAGCCAAUAGCUAGGAGCUAUGAAGCAGGGAGGGCAGAAGAAUUGAAAAUUAAAGAGGGAGUGAAAAUUUGGUGUAAGGCUUUAGUGAGAGGUUGGAAUAAAACAUCAAAUGUCACUCGUUUAAUUGCCUUAUUGUUGAUGUAGGGGAGUCUUGAAAUUUUAAUUUUUAUGACUUUAAACAGUCUAGUUAAAAUGAUUAAAUAACACACACUGUAUUUGUGGGUAGGUCAACUACACACACACACACACACACACACACACACCAUCCCAUGUGUUUUACAUAUUUGGCUAGCUUUUGUGUACUCUGUUUCAUUGCUUGUUGAAAUAGUGAAAAAAGGGUUUAGAAAAAAACCCCACUAAAAAUGUUAAGAGCUAUUGCAAAAACGUAAAUGCAUAAGUUCAUGAAUGUACAAUUUCUCUCUUUCUUUGGCUCCCUGUAUGCAUAUGAGCACUGCGACAUAGCAUGCUCUGUGUACGCAGUAUAUAGUGUGUUAAAUGUAUUUAAAAGGUAUUCCCAUAUUUUAUUCAUAUUAGUAAAAGCAUAUAUUUUACUUUGAUUUCAGAGAAGCUACAUAAAUUCAAACCCAUUAAACUUUAGUCUGGAUAUUUAUUUAUUUAUUGUUUACAGUCUUUGUGUGUGUACACAAAUCACAGCCCAAGGGAGUGAUUUUAUUUAUUUCUACAGUAGUUGAUGCAAUCACAAAGUUUUUAAGAUAAAGCCUUCAAACCACCUAUUGGUUUAAAUGUGGUUAGUCCAUAGCAGGUUGUUUGAGCUUUUCAGCUUAACUCGGUUUAGGAUCUCAUCCUUGGAUUGCAAUUCUUGCAGAUACUAAUUUGGAAGUUAGCUUCUCUUCAAGAACUCUGGUAGGAUUUUCAGCAUUAGGUUAUCAUCCUGGGGCUCAGGGUAGUAUAUGUGAAAAACAACUGCAUAAUUAAAUCAGCCCAAGUAUUUAGCCUACUGAGAGGUCUUUAUUGUGUUUUGUUAUAAUACUUCACAAUGAAACAAUCUUAAGAGAUUUUACAGAACUGGCUGUAAUCGUGAACGGACUUUCUCUGGUGCAAUCCGGUAUCUUUUAGAACAAUUUAUUCUAGAGUAAAUGAUUGCCACGGCAUGUGUUUGCGCAUGUAACAGAAAGGCAGAACAAAGCAGCAAUAAUAGAUCUGGCUUUGCCAACACCAGUAGCUGCAAAGUAGCUUUUAAGAAGUGAUGUGCUCAAAGGUUAUCUUUGUUAUAUGAGAUGUACUUACUUAGUUUUUAAAGUGCGACUGGUGUUUAGUUAAAUCUUUUACAGACUCAGUUCACUGAAGGUGACAGAAGUACUCACUUGAGCUCAAUGAGAAGUAGACAUGACAGUAAAUUUUUCAGUCCCAGACAGGGGAUCUUGUUAUAGGAGUCAGUAUGGGGGUCAGGGCAGAGCCUGUUGAUGAUUGAGGAAAAGAGAAGUAAAUUCAUUCUGCUCCAGGCACUUUGUCAAGUGCCAGUAGCUUACCAUUGAGAACUAGUCACCCGUUCGAGUCUUACAGCCCUAGAGGUCACUCAUUUGAUAUAAAUCAUAGCACUGCAUAGGCUCAGCAACCCAUUGCCAUUCAGGAUGAAAAUAAAAAAGAGGAAUGCAGCCUUCUGAAUGGAAAUGACUGCGAACGUCCCCACCACAUGUUGCUGUUUAAUGCAAUAUGCGGCUCGAUAUUGAUCUCCAGAAUCAAGUCAUUAAAAUGUGCAGGUUUUUUUGUUUAUUGGAAUGAAGCAAUUAAAUGGUUCAGUUAUGCCAGACCUUACCUUUUCUGAUGAAAACUAUUGAUUUCUUGCCACAGCUUUAUAAGCGACAAUGUUUUUGAUUACUCUUGACAAACCUCCUUGGAGUGUUAAUUAAAAUUGUACCAGAUGAGCAGGUGUGGGAGAUCAUUAGAUUGCCCGGAUCACACACCACACUUCAUAUUGUGCAGCCUUGCAUAAUGAAUAGGGCACAAGAGGGGGAAAACAAUAUCUUAAUCAGCAGAAUUAGCAUCUUUGCUUAAACCCCCCCUCCACAACCAACUAGGUGGCAUUCAGUUUUACAGUACCGACAUCCAUCAGCUGUUGGAGAACUUCAGUGUCACUGACUACACUUCCUCUUUUAUAAUAGUAAUUUGUUUCAAAGGACAAGUCUAGUCACUUUUAUUUUUAAAGCACAAAAGAUUACACUAUACUAGAAAGGCAAGAGACAGCAUGAAAAUAAACAGUUAGGAUGAAGCUAUGCAUCCAAUUAUCUUUUUAAUGCAAAAAAUGCCAUGAAUUUUGCCAGAAGAAAUAUUUUAACAUGUAUUCUAUUGAUUUCUUGUAUUCUUCUUGUUGCUGGACUAAAUGUUUUGGUAACUAUGUCAUGAAAGACAUUGAUUUGGUUAGCUUUUGAAGUGAAGCCAACAAAGGGAGGUUCUUUUUUUAAAAUUUGCAUCAGCAAUUUUACUUUGUACAUUUAUCAAAAUUGACUUUUGGGGGAAGGCAUUAUGACUGCAGUCUGAUGCACACAUAUAUACAGCCUAAUUUUAUGUGUAAGUUCAGUAGGGCUUACUCAAAGAAACCCACACUGAAUUCUGGCAUAAGGCGAGGCUAUAUCAUAAUGUAUUAUUUACUCUCAACGUUGGUUUUUAAAAUAGUGCCUGAAGUUAAAAAUCCAACACAAUCAUGGUUGGAACCGAGGCUCUGGUGACAAUGGAAGUUUGUUUUGAUAGACAGCUUUGCACUGACAACCACACACACAAAAUGACCAAAGACAAGGAAGGAAAGGAAGAAACACAGAGUAUAUAGCACAGGGCUGAGGUUUGGAGUGAUGCAGAGGAAUGUGUAGAACAGCUGCUCACAAAAUACCUGCCUUGUAAGUAAAUGGAAAGCUUCAGCUUCUAUUAAUUUGACUGGCGUGCUCUAGUCAACAGUAACGAAAAUCCUAUGUGAUGUGCUUGCAAUGCAGCCCCCAUUACAUUUGAAUAGACAAUUUGGGUCUGCACUGCUUUUUCUUCUUUUUGAAGUGUGCUGUUUUACACUGUGAGCAAUUGAGAUAUGACAUAAAGAAGCGUGAGGUUUUGCAGAUGAGUGCUAGCUUAGAAUGACUAUUAUUAUUUCUACUAAUACUGUAUUACAAUUGUUAUUAUUUUAUUUCUGUAUGGCCUUUCCUCCUGGUUGUGAACCCAGAGUGGAGUACAUCAUAAAUAAGAUAUAGUCAAUUAAAGCAACAUUACAUUGAAACCAGUCUAAAAACUCCUGACAUCAAGCAAAACCCAACUAAAACCUGUAAUAACAUAUUUCAGCUGCUUGGUACCUGUAAAGGAUGCAAGCAGUUUCUACCUUAAAGUACCAAGUAGAGGCAUGCCCUACACGCACCAUCCCCUCCCCUCAAAAAAGGCUGGUGACCCCUACUUUACUUACAUGGUCCACAUAAAUAGAAAAACACACACACCAGUGCCUUUUAAAUAGAUAAUUUACAACACAAUUCUAGACAUGCCUGCUUAGAAAUAAGGCCCACUGAGUUUGAUAGGGCUUACUCCCAGGUAAGUGGGUAUAGAACUGCAGCCCUAACUGACCAUCCCUUUAGACUUUGCUUGAAAUGACAUGCUCGUUAGUUUUCCAUAGCUUAACAAUUAGAGUGAUGUGUUGAAUUUUCCUGUAUGAUUAUGCACCAGUUAUUGAAUUAUUCAGCAAUACACAUUUUCUCGGGAUCUUAAGUGACAUACAAGCUAAGUAUACCAGCCCCUUUGCUAAACUAAUAGAAGAAACAGAGGGAAGAGAGUGGAAAUGGCAAUGUUCGCACAUUAUAAGGCAUAAACCACAAGGUUCCUGCCCUCUCCCAGCUCACACUAAGGCUGUAUAUAUGCUCCUGUUUACUUGGCAUCCAGUGCACUCCUGCUGCAAGUCUGGCAGCAUUAACCACAACAAACCUUUAUCCUGUCGUUUGUAAUGAAAUGCUACAUUUUGAUGUGUUUCCCCCACAAACCGCAUUCAAUCUUCAAUCUAACGUGUACAGAGCCUAAGAGGGAGGGAAACAUGGUCCCUGCCUGGUUUAGUGUUACUCCAAACAAAUCACAACCUGUAGCCAAAUUUUAUUAUUGGCUUACAGGUCAUUGGAUGUAGUGAUAAAUCCAGGGUGGUGGUUUGCUUUCUCUGGGUGGAAUUAAGCAGUUUUGCUAGUGCACAAAAAUCCAUGGUUUAUGGUGCACUGUUAUGUGCAAACACUGCAGGAAUUGUUGAAGGCUAUCUCCUACCACAACCAACGCACUAUUCUGUAACCUGAGCCCUUUUGUACACAAAAGUUACUUGCCAAAUCUGCCCAGUAGUACACGUAAGACAAUAACAAUAUGCCUGCAGGUGCAUUGUGGGGAAUAAGUAAUCUUCUGGCUCAUGGAGAAUUAACCUAACAGCAGUCCUUAACAUAGGUUGUCAGCGUGUGGGAUGGGCUAGGUGAGGAAUGCAGAAUUAUACCCCAGGAUCGUGGUGGUGAUCUCUGGCCCCACAAUCUUAAAUUCUGAAGUAAAAAAAGAAGGGUUGAUGGAAGCACUAGGUACUAACGGGAGCUAAGCUAAGAUAUUUCUGCUGUCUGCUGCUGAGCAGCAACCCCACAUGCACCCUCAAGUCAAGGUGUAUUAGUUCCCUCAAUGAAGACAUGGGGUUGAUAUUUUUGACUAACUCACAGUGCCCCUGAAGAUACACAAAGAGAACAUUUUAUUUGAAAAGGAAAAUGGCUAUACUAUUAAAUAGGGUUGAUAGGACCCCUAUCACAAAGAACUGAAGAGGGCUAAAGAUAACGUCACUAUAAAGUAUAUCCUAUGGGUUUAUAAAUGCUAUGCCCUCACUCUGCUGCCUUUAUCCACAAGGAACCUAUCCUAUCCUUGUUGAGGGAGGAGGGUGGUUCAGGUGGAAUGAUUAUGCAGGGCUAGUGAUACUGCCAACCUCCAGCAUCUGUUUUCCUGAGUUUGUCUAAUCUCUGCCCUGGGUGCAAUAAUGGGGACUGGAAUUAAGGUCUUCAUCCACCACUAAAUUUCUUAAAGCAAAUCCCUAAUUGCUGACCAGGUCUAUUAGGGCUGCAUAACCUACUGUGAUGACAAUGCUACAAAAAUUCAGUGCAGCACAUUGUUUUAUGUAGAUGGAAUAGUCUAUAUCGAUUCCCCCUUUUGUUUAAGUAGAGCUCCAUUGUUUUAUUUAUUACUAAAUUGCUCUUUUGUUGCUUCCUGACGGUUUGAUUUGUUGCGCCGCUUACAUAUCAAAUGAGCCAAAGUCUCUCUCUCUUUCAUUAUUCUUUGAGCCAUAUUGAAAACCAUUCCUGUCAGCUGAUACUCUCCCAAGUAGCUUGGGAGAACUUUGGCAUAGUUUGCCUAACCUUACAAACAGUAAAAGCUAAAUUCGCCUUUGAUUAAAAUAAUAAUAAUAAAGCCAGAGGACUUUGGCACAGAGCCAUUAAGGAUGCAGGUGACGUUUGUAGCAGGCUUGACAGAAUAUUUCGCAAAACAGUAAAUGUUCUCCUGAGGGUCCCUCAAAUGGGCUGCGGCACUUUGCUUGUACUUAACAUAUAUCAACUGUCACCCAACGGCAGUCACCGCUGAACUGAGCACAAUGGAACAUCCAGAUGGGCUAAACAAAGUGAGCAAAUGUUCAAUGCUAUUAAAAGCUGUUUACAUCAACUUCCAGUAUUUCAUGUGGUGAAGUUUAUAUUGUGUCACCUCUGAGCUGCUUAGCUCCAUCCACUGCCUGCCGACACUUUUGUAAACUAUUGUUGCUUAUGUAUGAAAAUGCUGUACGUGCUACAGAGCAUUUAAACAGCAGGGAACAGUCCAUUGUAUGCUAAUUGCUUACUCCCAAGUAUUUUAAAUGAUCUUAGUUUCUACUUAGCAGAUCUCCUUUGCAGACUUCUUUUCCAGCCUUACUAUUCUUCUAACCGACAGGUGAACCAUCAGGAUUUGUUUUAUUUUUCCUCCCACUUGCAAAUCUGCAAACACUUUGUGCCAUAUGCAAAUUUGCUGCAUACAAGUAAGAUGAUGUCGGAUGAGACGAAAUUUCAAGGAAUGAUGCUUUCCCCAUAAUUGUGUUUCUGUACUAGAAAAAGCUUAACCUGUUGAAUCCCAACAGGCAGAUAUACAGCUAUAAUAUAUACAUAGGAAAAACUCUUGCAGAAUUACAUAGCCAAACUAGUUCUUCACAUUUUCUGGAAGUUGAUUUGAAGAGAUGUCUCUUUCUCCUUUAAGUUGCUUAUUGUUCCACCCAUUCUUGGAUAAGUGCUGCAGCUUAGUGGCAGAACAAGUGGACCGUUACUGAGGUGGAUGGCCUAAUGAAGCCGCCCAGAGUGGCUGGGGAAACCCAGCCAGAUGGGCGGGGUACAAAUAAUGAAUUAUUAUUAUUAUCAUUAAUGAUCUGGCUUAAUCUAAGGCAGCUUUCCAUGUGCCUUCAUUAUUGGAGCCUCUUCCAUUACCUUUUUAAAAAAAUGAAUUUGCAGAUGGGGGGUUUCAUCUGUUUGUUAUUUACACCAAAUUUCUUUUUAAAAAGGCUGUCUAGUUCAUGAUUCCAGGACAUGACUGCUCCAGGUUCCCACUUUUGCCAGCAAACUGUAUCAAAUGUGUGUGGAUGUAUGUAUGGGUGCUAUUUCACUUUUUUGAAAAAUGAAAGCAAAGAAAGAAGAGUUUGCCAUUUUGGGAGGAGUAGGUGUGUUUGGGAAAUGUGUAAAGGUUAAAAGAAGGGUAGCAAAUAGGAUAAAACUGAAAUGGACUAAAAUAGGAGUGCUUGUCUGCAUACACAAUGUGACUUUGUUCAUUCCAUUAUGUAGAAGAGAUUUAUUCUGGAGUGAGCCAGUCCUGUGUGCUUGGAGAGCUCCAGUUCUGCUUGCUGCCCAUUUGCUUUAUAUAAGGUCUGUACCUUCAAGUGUAUCAGAUUGUUCCAAAGCCUCUGCAUUCAUGCUUGACAGAGGUCAAACCUCGUGCCUUUAGAUGAGCCCUUGGAGCCAGUUUGUCAAUCCAAAUGCAAGCUGCUCAACUUCCUGUUUAUGCCUGUGCUGAGUUACAUAUCCGGACUUCCUUGCCUUCAGCUGCAGGUUUUUCCGUACUCCCUAGGAGAUCCCUUCCUUAAAAUGGUUUCUUAUCAUUUAAGCAGGCUGCUGGAAUUUUGCUAAUUCCUGUUUCACUUAACGCAUGUGAAGUUCUGCAUCGGCUACACAGGCCAUACAGUGUUACCAAAAGGUGAUUUAAAUAACAAUGUACGAUCAGAGAGGGCAUUAAAUGCAAUAUUUUGAUUACCUGUUAAAGGCACUUCCUGUAAACGGACCUCAAGUUGCUAUCAAUGAAAGUGUGAUCUUGUAAAUUUAAGUUGUAGUUAGGAUUUUGCUGAUGACCGUUUUGUGUACCUUUAAAAAGAGUAUCCUUGCACCUCAAGGUUAAUUUUGGCUGACACUACAAGUGGUUUUAAAACUGAUAAUCUCUCCACUAGAUGCUGAUGCUGAAUCCUACUAGUACUUGUUCCUGCACUUACAAGCUUGCCAUCUAA